GUCUCAGCCCGAAUAAAAAAGUAAAAAUCCCAAAAAUUAAAACGUGGCCGGUCGUCGCGCCUGCGCAAACCACAAAAAAAAGAGGAGAGGAAGCUGCGUGGAACAAGUCCCUCUAAAAAACCUAUUUCAUCAGGGUUGUCUGCCGCCCGUCCGCCCAACAAAUUACAAAAAUCCAAGAAACCAGAAGUUAUGUGAAGAUGAUCUCGCCCCUGUCGUCCGAAAGAUGAUCGAGGCCUUUGCGAAUCACUUAAGCAGCCACCUGGGACGCCACCUCUUCUACUGGGCCAUCGAAUCAAGCAGCAUCGGAAGUUCGGGUAACUACGGCCUCAACCUGCGGCUCUCCGAGCUGAUCAACAAAUUCCACGGCCCCCUCGAGCGGGGCGUGCAGGUGCUGGACCACCUGUUGACCCUCGAGGAGGACGACUUUGCCGGCCAUUGGGGCAGCGCCUAUGCGCACAAUUAUGAGCCGGAGUACGCCGCUCGAGUGCCGGAGAACGAGGAGUUGCCACCGCCAGAACAGAUGGAAACACUCAACAAUGGCAACGGGCUGCUCCAUUCACCGCCCCACAAUCACCAGCAGCAGCAGCAGCAGCAGCGGGGUGGAGGAGGAGUCUCUCCGCCCGGCGGUGCCUCGUCUGGAGCGGAUCACAAUAUACAGAUAACGCAGCCCAUAAGUGCUCCAUCCUCACCUCUGGCCUCGCCGGGCGCCCUAAACAGCAGUAGCAGCAGCAGCGGUGGUGGUGGGGGCAGUGGCGGAGGGAUCUCUGGCAGUCCCACAGCCUUCUGUCUGCCCUCCAGUUCCGCGGCAGCUGCUGCGGUGGCUGCUCUUUCGGCAACACCCACCAGCGGCAGUGGAUCGUACGUGUGUUCCGCUGGAACCAAUUGGCAUUUCGCGGCUGUGGCGGCAUCCAAUGCCAUUGAUACCGCGGAUCCGAACUGGCAGGCCAGCAAGGCGACGGUGCUGGAGAGGAAUGCGGCCAUGUUUAACAACGAGCUGAUGUCCGACGUCAAGUUCGUUGUGGGCGGGGAGUUCGACAUUGAUCCCAUUCAGACUAUACCCGCUCACAAAUACAUUCUCGCCACGGGCAGCUCAGUCUUCUACGCCAUGUUCUACGGCGGAUUGGCGGAAAACAAGCAGGAAAUCAAAGUGCCUGAUGUCGAACCCACUGCCUUCUUAACGUUGCUAAGGUACCUCUAUUGUGAUGAAAUCAAACUGGAACCUGAGCACAUACUGGCCACUUUGUACGCAGCUAAGAAGUACAUAGUGCCCCACCUGGCCAGGGCCUGCGUCAACUAUCUGGAGGUGAAGUUGACGGCAAAAAACGCCUGCCUACUUCUCAGUCAAUCGCGUCUGUUCGAGGAGCCCGAACUGAUGCAGCGUUGCUGGGAAGUGAUCGACGCACAGGCCGAGAUGGCGGUUAAGUCCGAGGACUUUGUGGACAUUGACCUCAAGACCUUCGAGUCGAUCCUCUCGCGAGAAACGCUCAACUGCAAGGAGAUCCACCUGUUCGAGGCGGCUCUCAAUUGGGCCAUGAACGCCUGCGAGAAGAUGACCAUCGACGAUACGCCGCAGAAUAAGCGCAGGCUGCUGGGACAGGCUCUGCACCUCAUCCGCAUACCCACCAUGUCGCUGGAGGAGUUCGCAAACGGUGUGGCCCAGACUGGCAUCCUCUCGUCGCAGGAAACGAUCGACAUGUUUCUGCACUUCACCGCCAAGGUUAAGCCCUCGUUGGGCUUUCCUACUCGCUCGAGGGCGGGGCUGAAGACUCAGGUGUGCCAUCGCUUCCAGUCGUGCGCCUACCGCUCGAAUCAGUGGCGUUACCGCGGACGCUGUGAUUCCAUUCAGUUCUCCGUGGACCGCAGAAUCUUCAUCGUUGGCUUUGGACUGUAUGGCUCAUCGACUGGCGCAGCCAACUACAACGUCAAGAUCGAGCUAAAGCGUCUCGGACGCACCCUCGCCGAGAACGACACCAAGUUCUUCUCGGAUGGCUCGAGCAACACGUUCCAUGUGUUCUUCGAGAACCCCAUUCAAAUAGAGCCCGAGUGCUACUACACCGCUUCCGUUAUCCUGGACGGCAACGAGCUAAGCUUCUUCGGCCAGGAGGGCAUGUCGGAGGUGCUCAUGGGCAAUGUGACGUUCCAGUUCCAGUGCUCGUCGGAGAGCACCAACGGCACUGGCGUGCAGGGCGGCCAGAUUCCUGAACUGAUCUUCUAUGGACCCACCACGAUGACAGCCAUGAGUUCGCCCUCGAAUUCGCUGUGUGCAACGCCAAUCGGAGGAGGAUCAGCUGCAGCAGCAACUGCAGCAGCUGGAACUGCCGCAUCCAAUGGCAGCAAUUUAACUAGCAACAAUGUCAACGGUUCCGGGGAGGAUCUGGCGGCUGAGGGCAGCACCUGAUGCGCACAGCUCUACUGCGCCGAGUGGCAGGGAGCCUGCUACUAUCGCCAGCAGCAGCAGCAACAAUCGAGGAGACCAAUACAGCUACAAAAUCGAAACUCAUGGGUUUUCAGUGCAACACAAGCAAGCAAAUUGGAGUUUUAGACGCAAUUAUAGAGCGUAUAUACGGAUAUAGACAUAUACGACGAUAGUAGAGUGCUCUAGUUUUCAUAAUAGUCCUAUAUAUAGUCAUACAUAUAUAUACACCUCGAGACGGUGCGUUUUACAGCUUCGGCACGGUUGUGGGAGCGAGAUCAUGUCAAGAAAGUCACUCGAUUUAAGGAACCGUUCAAAGUUCCCUUCGUUAUAGCCAAUAGCACGUUAAGCCAGUCAAGUUUGCAGCCGCUCUGAAGCUGUGAAACGCACUGUACACAGUUUGUUGGCAAAAUGCAUACAAAGGAUAUUUUCAAAAUUGAAGCAAGUUGAAUAUAUAUACACCCGUAACUUUAUACACAUACACACCUAGGUGCAGAUGUAGUAGUUGACUCGAAAAACUUAAUACGUUCCGUACGACUUGAGAGGGGGUGGGCAGAGGGGGGAAUAAGUAAGUUAAUUCGGCGCUAUAGAGAGACGCACAGACAUCGUAAAUAAAAUGCAAUAAGCAGUGAAUUCGGGGCAAUCAGUCAAGCUAGCGUUAACCAAUAUUCUAAAGAAAGAAAGAGUUGAGGGGAGGUACUAAUACUAUAUAUAACAUAGCAAACAUAUUUUUUGCCAGCAUAUAUAUACACACAUCUGAUCUGAUAACGAUAUAUACACCUACCUAUACCUACUAUUCAAGGGAUAAUAAGCCAUGUUAAGAAUUGCAUACGACGAAUUUGAAAGCCAAGUUAACCAGUUUACGUAAUAAGUGAAUCAAAAGUAAUGCCCGAGUAUGCGCAAAUAUUAACUAAUUAUAUUCGAACAUAGCUGCAGUAGUGUCUCCAUUUCGUAGUUGUUUCAUUAUAACUCUCUUACAUGCAUAUUCCAAUACAUAACAUGCCUUUCUACUGACAUUAAGCCCCGUACUUUGCUCCUAUACGCAUUACAUUCUAGGCUGCUCUGCGCAACAAUCAGUUUUACGUUUCGACAUUAUGGAUUUCUUUUGGAAAUUGUACUGAUUUUUUGCUUUUGAUAAGAAUGUCUCCUACAAUUACCGUUUUUUUAUAUACAUAUAUAAUAAAUAUAUAUAAAUAAAUAAAGCAAAUGUUAUCCUAUAUUGAUUAUGAAUCUAUUACCAAUUAUGCACUUUAAUCAAACGAAAUACAUUAUUAGAUUUUCCGAAUUUACAA